AUGAGUGUUAAUAUUGAAAGGGGUAAAGACUAUUUAUCAUCUGUUAACCAAUCACAUGAUCACUCGAACACCACAAAUACUACAAUUCCAGACCAUGAUGCACAUAAUACAGAACAUGUUGUAAAGGAAAGGAACGCCACCAAGAAAUUUAUUCAGAUAUAUGAUACUAUAAGUAGUGCUUUAUUUGAUAUUGCUGAAGCUGAUAAACCUCCUGUUAUUAUUAAUACACCUAAAUUAUCACUUAUUGUUGGGCGCAUUUCUACUGCUCUGGGUAGCUUUACACAGGAAGUUGGUUCAUCAGGAGUGUUUGCAAUUCCUGAAAUGCAAAAUGUAACAGAUCCAAAUGAAAUUCCUGUAGGAUAUCAG